AUGAUUGCCCAUCACACGAACAAUGUGCAGAGCGUCAAGUGGAACCUGGACAUGUCGAUAAUCCUCACCAGUGCGUCGUUCUAUGGCAGCCUCGUCGUGCUGGACGGCCGCGCUUCAAGCGUUCUCCAAUUUCUCGCUCUCGACGGACGUCAUGUCGAUGGUACGACACCCCCACAACCCCAGCACCCUCGUCUCACCUCGAAGGAGGUCAUGACCGUGAUCGUAUACGACGUCCGGAAAGGCCACUCGGCGCCGUUCCACCGGUACCAAGCACACUCGACCGUGUCGGCCUUCGACCCGACAAACCGAGCUGCAUUGAUGAUAAAUGCAGCUCGGUUUAUCCGGUCGAAUGAAUGUAAAUUUACAUAUGGCAUACAUGCAUUACGUCGAACGAAAGUGCAAGGCGACGUAGUUGACACCCACAUGCAUUACGUCGACGACUACGUCGCUUAG